AUGACGAGCACCAUCGAUCACCUGGGUAUCUACGUGCCAACGGAGCAGUUCGAAACCGUUGUCGAGUGGUACAAAAAGGCCCUUGCUCCAUUAAACUACAAAGAGCUCAUGAGAUUCCCUGGAACCGUGGGUCUGGGAGAUAAAACCCCCGAUUUCUGGAUCUCAGCAAAAGACAAGUGUGCUGGAAAUGAUCUGCACUAUGGUUUCGUAUCACCCGACCAUGCAACUGUCGACGCCUUCCACCAGGCCGCCAUCGCUGCUGGAGGCCAGUGUAAUGGCCCGCCUGGCCUCCGUCCCAUCUAUCAUGAGAACUACUACGGUGCCUUUGUGUUGGACCCUCUCGGUAACAAUGUAGAAGUGUCCCAGGUGGAUCAUGUCAAGCACUAG